CUACCCCUCUCUCUCUCUCCUCCCCCUCUCUCCUUCUUUCCCUCUGUGUUUUUCUCCAGAGACUUCCAGUUUUUGAACACUGUUCUUACCUACUGGCCCUCCACCCCACGAACACGAAGAGAGAGAACCACAGAAGCCAUGUUUCCUCUCCGUGGACCCCUGUUGGCUGUAUUGGUCAGCGUAGCCCUGUGCCAGGAUUAUUACGACGACUACCAGCCUCUUUCCAUUCUAGGACCCUCAGGGCCCAACUGUAAUCAAGAAUGCGAUUGCCCAAUCAUGUUCCCCAGCGCCAUGUAUUGCGACAACCGCAAGCUCAAGUUUGUUCCCAUAGUCCCAACAGGGAUCAAGUACCUGUACCUCCAGAACAACCAGAUAGAAGAGAUCAAGGCUGGUGUGUUUGAUAAUGUUACUGAUGUACUUCGAUGGCUGGUACUUGACAACAACCAGAUUACCAAUGCUAAGAUAGCAAAGGGCACAAUUGACAAACUCACAGCCCUGGAGAAGCUAUUCUUCAGCAACAACAACCUGACAGAGCCAGUCGUCCCUCCCUCAAAGUCCCUUGAUGAGCUGAAGAUGAUGCACAACAAAUUGUCCAAGUUCCCCUCUGGACUCUUGAUCGACAAAGAGAAUUUGACCUCCAUCAACCUUCAGCACAAUCAGCUUACCUCUGAUGCCAUUGCGGGGGCAUUCAAAGGGCCAAAGAAGCUGCUGUCCCUGGAUGUGAGCCACAACAAGCUGAAGAAGCUGCCAGCCGGAAUCCCCAGUUCACUGGAAAUCCUCUAUGCUGACUACAACGACAUUGAUGGUGUUGGAGCAGGAUACCUGAACAAGCUGCCCUCACUGCAGUACCUAAGGAUCUCCCACAACAAGCUGGUGGACUCCGGACUCCCUGCUGGAGUGUUCAAUGCGUCAUCGCUAGUGGAGCUGGAUCUGUCUUUCAACAAACUGCAGUCCAUCCCUGAGAUCAACGAGCAGCUGGAGCAACUCUACCUCCAGGCCAACGAGAUCAACAAGUUUGACCUGGCAAGUUUCUGCAAGUUCAUUGGACCCCUCAACUAUUCCCGCCUGAAGCAUCUGCGUCUGGACGCCAACAACAUCACACACAACAGCAUGCCCCCUGACUCCUCCAACUGCCUGCGCCAAGCUUCAGAUAUCAUGUUUGAAUAAGGACCUCCCUUAAAUCUAUGACCUUUCCAUGACCCCCUUAUCUACUACCAUGGCACAGCUCAGCCCAAAGCCUUCUGGGUCCUUUUAUAGUACUCACAUGUCCUUGCACAUAAGUAGUAUGCAAAUCUGGGGUACUGUAAUGGCAUCUACAUUAAUUAAAUAUAUAUCUUGAGUAAAUCAAGAGCUGGGCAAAUUUGAGAUACAAUAGAUCGCAAGACAAGCUAUCAACAAUUUUGCAAAUCUUUUUGCAAUAUAUCUUGCAAAAUAUGCAAUCAGAUUGUUAAAUUAACCAAGCAUCAAAAAGUGUUUCAAAUAUUUGGCUCUAGAUAUGCAUGAAUAUUGUCAUUGUUGAAAUAAACAUGAAGGGAAAAAAAGGGGAAAAAAGUGAAUGACCAAAAAAGUUCUAUGAAUAAAAAUUAAAUCAUACAUCAAACACACACUUCAAACAUUCCAAAUGUGCAUUUGAUUAUAUUGAAUACAGACACAAUGGAGUAAACAAUGGCUCUAAUGUCUCAAUUCAAUUGUAGUGUCAUUUUGUUGUCUGUCUUGUAUGUUCCAAUGUUAAGCAUGUAUAAUAUAAUGUGGGUACAAUAAUUAAUCCAUUGCUGUGUGAAGGACCAGCAAAUACGGACUGUGUACUCAGAUUUCAGUGUAUAAUGCCUAAUGUGAGAAAUGAUGAACAAAUGUAAAAUAGCAGUUACACAGCAGUCACAUUUUCAACAUCUUGAAUGAAUCAAAGUGGUUUUAAGGAAAAUGCCGGUGUUAUUUACUCGUGUCUGACAUUGUCUGCCAUCUUCAAAUUCAAAUGGUGCCUUCAUGCAAAUAGCAUGAUGUCCCACUGAUUGACUUAUAGAAAAUAAAUAUACCCAACUAAGAAAUUUCCAUUUCUUCUUGAAAAUAACUUCCCAAUUCCUUAAAGCAAUAACUUUAAGCCCAAUUUAAGUAGGACUUGAAUGUUUCUGAGGUACUUGGUGUGAAAAAGUAGAAUAAAUGACACCUUAUUAAAGAACAUUGGUGUUAUCCUUGAAAUUACUUUGCUCAGCUAAACCUUGAGAUGAUAGUAUGAUGUUUUCUUGAAAUCACGAGUCAAAUUGUUUCUUUACUUUACCUAAUUCCUAGCUGUCCACUGUCAUGCACAUUUCUGAUUUGUAUACAACAUUUGCAUUACUUGCAUGCAACCAUUGGUACCAUUCUUUGAUAAUAAACUACAGCUUUUGCAGUUAAGGUGCUUUCAUUGUUACGUUGUUGUUGUUGUUGUUGUUGUUGUUGUUGUUGUUUACCAUGUUUGAUAAAUGCUUCUUACCAAUACAAAGUCAACUUGGCAGCAGUGUCAUGUUGAUUGAAGUUAUGUUAUUAGAAUAUCACAUUUUGUUUAGGUCAUUUUUCAUUUCAUCGUGAUUUUUUGUGGCCUUUGACUCAGUAACUGCUCUUGGAUUACUGUGAGGAAACCAAACACAGUUGAAUAAACUAUAUUUCCAACAUA